GUUGGAUCAUCAACUCUCAAGAAACUUUUACAGAGUAAUUAUCGCAAUUUAGGAAUCUACGUGGACGCGCGAUGCGACACUCACAAUUACACCGUAUUAUAUUUCGAGGUAAAAGUAUUCCUCUCUAAGAGAACUUUAACUAUUACAGAAAUUGUAUAUUAAUUAUUGAGAAUUUAUGUAAAAAUAAGAAAAUAUGUAAUAUAAUGUAAAAGUAAGAAAAUAAUAUGUAUCAAGAUGCGCGAUCGGAGAAGGAGAGAGCAGGCAAGGGUCAUGAAAGAUAACAAAACCGUGAAUGUCGAAGCAGCAAUCGAGCGCAAAAUUCUUGAUAUUAACUUCUUUUUAAUUGAUUAGGCUACAAAAUAUUUUAUGUACGACGAGACGCAUAAAUGGCUAAUUUUGGGAGAAAAGUUGAACGACACCGUCAGUUUAUUGAAUGACAACGCCUUUAGUAUAGUUACCGACGUUACGAUCGCCAUACCAUCUCUCACCGGUUACAAUUUAUACGACGUAUAUAAUCCUUGCAAAGCACGCGGUGGCUCUUUAAACGUAACCGCUUUGGGUUACUGGACUGAGAAAUCUGGCAUAGCUAUCAGAUUGAAGCAAUCGAAGUAUGAAAGACGCUCUAAUUUACACGGUAUGAAGCUCAAAGUGGGAAUUUUACUGCCACAAACAUUCUACAAUUUGUCAACGGAGCAUAUUAUGUUGGAUCCAGACAUGAAGGCAAAAUACGGUCGAUCCCAAUUUCUUUACACAAUCUUGUUAUACAUGACUGAUCUUUUUAACUUCACUAUGGAAAUUGUGGAAGUGAAUCCAAAAAAACAGCAGGACAAUUCCGCGCCCAUGUUUGUUGCUUUUCAGAAAAAACUGGUAGAUAUCUCGGCCAGUCCGAUCGUAAUGAAAACUGAAAGAUUACGGAAGGGAGAUAUUAUCGGUCCAGUUUGGCCAAUACGAUCGUGUUUUUUAUUUCGUACAAUAUCCUCGGCAAAUAUGAAGACGGAGCAAUUUUUACGACCGUUAAACGUUAAAGUAUGGUAUGUGAUACUUUGUACGAUGAUAGUUGCCAUGUCAGUUCUGGUAAUAUUGAUCAGACAGGAAGGCAUUCAGAGUCUAACAGAGGGUUACGGUAUUUCUAUUCUUCUUACCAUAGGUGCUGUUUCCCAGCAAGGCUCCAUAUUUGUUCCAAUACGUUAUGCGGGUCGCAUAGCUUUCAUACACAUCAUGCUCUUCAGCGUGUUGAUCCUGAACUAUUAUUCGGCGAGCAUCGUGUCGGAUCGAUUAAAGAACAUAGGCCAGAAAAUGAAUGAUUCAUUGAUCAGUUUGGCAGAUAGUAAUCUAAAAGUGAUGACCGAAUCUACACCAUAUAUUCGUUCUUUUCUGCAGUCACCGGAGAAAGAGGUACGAUACUUUAAUGCGAAACGAUGGGACAGAAUACCGGAAUCCAAGCGAUAUUUGCCACUGGCGGAAGGUCUGAAUCGCGUGGCUGAGGGCAACCUGGCCUAUCACGCGUCAAUCGAAUCAGCAUAUCCGUACAUCGAACGGCAUUUCUAUCCGCGAAUGAUAUGCGAAUUGACGGAGGUUCAUCUCUUUCGCACGGUCCUCGCUCUUUGGGGCAGAUAUAGAAGCCCGUUUACUCCGUUAUUAAGAAUCGGCUUGACCAAAAUGUAUGAUAUGGGCAUACAUAAGCGACAGUUGAAACUCUGGUCGGCAAGGAAGCCAUUCUGUCCAAGGAAUAUCCUAGUCGCUGAACCACUAUCGAUCCAUGAAGCUACACCCAUUUUCGUAUUUAUUAGCGUUUCCAUUGCGCUGUCCCUCGUGAUCUGCAUAAUAGAGAACUUGGUCCACUGGAUGCAAUCCAAGCGAGCCGGUAUAUUUACGAUCAUCAGAAAAUACGAUACAAAUAUCAACAUAAAGCGAUUUUUGAACUCCGAGAUUUGGGGCUUAGGAAUCGUCGUAGACUUGCGUUGUCAUAACGAAAGCGCCGUAACUAUCUUCGCCGAGACAUCUAAAUAUCGCAUGUACGAUUAUUCGUAUCAUUGGUUGGUUCUGGGAUCAAAGUUAAAUGACAGCGUGCCGUUCUUAAAUGACAGCGCUUACAGCAUAAUUACCGAUUUCGUGCUUGCAAUAACGAACGGUAGCAAUUAUGAUUUGUACGAUGUUUAUAAUCAUUGCAAAUAUCGCGGUGGUACGUUAAAUGUAACGAGACUGGGUUCGUGGCGACGAGAAACUGGUCUUGCCAUCACUCUCACUCAACCAUUGAUCCAGAGAAGGGCAAACAUGCAUGGAAUGACAUUGAAGAUAUCAGGCGUGAUACAAUAUAGGCCGAAAAAUAUGCGAUUGGAGGAUUAUAUGCACGAUAUCAAUACGAGAUCCUUGGAUAGCAUGCAUAAAUUCACGUACGCGAUGAUAUCUCAUACCAGCGAUCUCUUUAAUUUCAGGGUACACGCUUCCGAGAUAAUUUAUUGGGACCGUCACAGCGUGCACGGCUUGAUAUUCGAGAUAUUACAAAGGAAUUACAUCGAUUUCGCCAGUAAUCCCAGGAUUAUGGUAUCUGAGAGAUUGGAUUACGCCACCCUCAUCGGCGCGGCGUGGCCGAUUCGACCCUGCUUCAUGCUGCUGUCCACUCCAUCGAACAAGAUUAAGCUCGAGAUUUUUCUGAAACCGCUCGCCGACCAUACUUGGUACUUAUGGGCUGUAUUUAUAAUGAUCUUUAUGUUUGUAAUGAGAAUAAUAUUGAGACGCGAGGAAGACAGCAGGCAAGAGAAAUAUUCGGGCGCUGUAAUUCUUACCGUCGGCAUUCUCGCUCAACAAGGUGCAAAUUUCUUCCCUAAACGGAUCCCAGGCCGUAUCGCUCUUCUGCAGAUCACUGUCUUUAAUUGGAUUAUGUAUAAUUAUUAUUCGGCCAGUAUAGUGUCGGCUCGUUUGAGCGAGCCACUCGAUAUGAUGGAAGAUUCUGUGACGGUCCUCGCGGAUAGUAAUUUGAAAAUCGCCGCAGAAGCUGUGCCAUAUCUAAACUAUUUUUUAUAUAAGCUCAACUGGGAAUCAGAUUACUUCAGGAAGAAACGCUGGGAUCCACUGCCGGAGUCGAAGCGAUACUUGCCGAUAGAGGAAGGUAUGAAACAAGUCAGUCAAGGUAUCCUGGCCUAUCACACGGAUCCCAACACGGCGUAUCCCUAUGUUGAAAAGAUGUUCGAUCCGAGCAAGAUCUGCGAAUUGACGGAGAUUCAUUUAUUCAAGCAAUCCGUCAUGGGUAUGUACGCAAGUUACAACGGUCAGUUCACCGAGGUGGCGAAAAUCGGUUUGUAUAAGAUGUUCAACACUGGUUUACGCGAUCGUCAAAUAAAAUAUUGGUCGAGCAGGAAGCCUCAAUGCCAGCUCGAUACGUUAUCCACAAGAAGUAUAUCCAUAUAUGAGACAGCUCCGGCUUUGAUUCUGUUAGCUUUCGGUAUGCUCGUCGGGUGUGGAAUAUGCAUCGUCGAGAAUAUCGUUUACUAUCGAUCCAUGAGAAAGAAAAUGUUGAGGCGAUCGAUGAUGAACAACGACGCAGAGAAGAUAGCCGGUACGAGCAAACACAAUUUGCUCGAAUAAAAUUGUCUCGCUUUGAGAAGUAAAAUAUUUACAAGUCGGUCGUAUAUUAUAAUUAGUUCAUUCAUUAGUGUCUCGUUAUCGUAGACUUAUUUCACGCAAAGAAAAGGAGAGAGAGAGAGGGCUAGAUAGGCAUGCUACAAAUGUAAUUUUCCAGUCAUUGUCAUAUUUUACUCUAAUAAAGCCGCUUUGCAUUGCAAAUA